UCUGCUAUGCUUUCAGCUGUACUCCUUUUGUUAUUUUUUAUCCAAAAUGUGCAAAAUUUUGAUAAAAUUGAGCUGGAAGAUAUUACUGUUUACUUUCCUCUCAAAGUGGACUACUUGGCUCCGUUUGGAUGUGCAACUGGGACUAAAUGUGAUGAUGAAGGCGCUGCCUACAUCCCAUCAGCUAUGGAAAUUGCCAUCAACCGUCUGAACGCCGAUAAGGAUCUUGAAGUCUUCCAUGACCUCGAUGUUAACUAUGUGGACACAUCAAAGACAGCGGGUCCUCGAGCAGCAAGAACAGCGGCCUUGAACAAUGGAACGAUUGCCGCAUUGGGUUUAAUGCGUGACUGCUAUAUUCAGAGCACAAUUUUGAAUAUCAACUCGAAAAUCGCAGUUUCAGAUGUUUGUGAAAUGGACUUAUCUAGUGUGAAAGGGUUCGAUCAAACCUCUGUGCUCAUGAAUUCUCAGACUAAUUCGCUAGCAAAGUCAGUUAUGUAUUUCUUGGACAAGUAUCAAUGGAAGAAAGUGGCCCUAGUAUCCCCGUCUACAGUUUUGACGGCUUUUGCUACAAGAGUGCGCUCGGACUUGUUAGAUGCCCUGACAGCGAAUAAAAUAGAUAUCCUGGUGGAUUCUAGGCUGGACCCAAUGAGUGAUAUCACUGAUAAAGUUAAGGAAGACGCAGAGAAAGCCAGAAUAUUCAUAAUCUGCGAUUGGUCCUCGAACGCAAACCUUCUCCGGAACUACCUAUUCAAACUCGGCGAGAUGAACAAAAUGCAGUCUGGAGAGUACUUUGUCCUUGGAUACAUCUCCUAUGACACCAACUAUCAGUGGCUGGAGGCUUCAAGUGGGGACCAGAGGCUCGUGCAUUUGGGUGCCAGUGAUAUUAAUGACUACAACCUGACGGAAAAUGACCUUCACGAGGUGUACAAGAACGUGGUAAUUCUAUCCGAUGGACCACCGCCGGCGGAGCCGAACUCCACUUGGGAGGAUAUCAAAAGUCAGGUCUUGAUGAAGAAGCCCGCAAAAAUGUGCCCGCCGUAUUGCAAUACUACAGUUUCGGAGAAAAUAACCCCACGCUGGGACCGCAUAAAACUCCUAUUCGACAGCAUCCAAUAUCUCGCGGACGCAACAAAUGAUGCUCUGAACAUCGGUGCCAACAUCUACCAAUCGGAUAUAUUCUACGAAUACCUUAUCAGUCGCAAGAUCGAUAGUGUCACAGGUGUCACAGAGUUCAUCGAUGGAUAUGGAGCAAUCGUUGGCUCAAUACAGAUCUACUAUCAUUUCUCAAGCUCCUCUCACAACUCGUACUCUCUCUUCCCGUGUGCACGGCUUGCCCAGUCAAGCCUUCUGAAUACAGUUUGGUCGCUUACGGAUUACAGCGAGGGGUUGUCAAUUGAUUUUGUGAAUAAGUCGGCUCCAAAGGAUACACCGGUUUGUGGGUUCUAUGGGGAGAAUUGUGGACCACCGGCGAACAAUACAUUUAUCAUUGUGAUAUCUGUCGGGGUGGCUGUUCUGAUUGGUUUGGCGAUUGCUGCCGCUUUCCUGUACAAACGCUACCGUUACGAACGAAGGCUUCAUUCCUUGUUCUUCAUGAUCGAUCGGAAUCAGAUCAUACUUAAGAAGCACACCAACUUGAUGAGCCAGCAGAGUCUGCGGAGUAUGGCUAGCAUUCAUGGAAGUGUGGUGGCAGCGUCCCAAACCCUCCGAGACUCUCACUUCUUCAUCGAAGACUACAACAAUGCAUCCUCAAUCAACGCCUCAUCCAUCUUCAACACCGGAUCCACAGCCCGAGCAGGCCCAUUCGGCCCAAUACCCGGAUUUGGAGGUGUCACUGGAGCUUCCGAAGAUGAGAAGUGGCAUCAAAUCCCUGAUUUCGGCGUUGGUCUCUAUGAGGGAAGAACCGUUGCACUGAAGAGAAUCUAUAGAAGUGACGUGGAGUUCACGAGGAGUAUCCGACUGGAGAUUGCGAAGCUUCAAGAGUCGGUGAACUCGAAUGUCAUAGAAUUUGUGGGAAUGGUUGUGCAAUCGCCGGAUGUAUUUGUGGUUUAUGAGCUUGCUCAGAGAGGAUCCUUGAAAGAUAUUCUGGAUAAUGAUGAUAUGCCGUUGGAUGAUGUGUUCAGAAGUCAGAUGACAAAGGAUAUAAUCGCCGGCCUUGAGUACCUCCACUCCUCCCCAAUUGGCUGCCAUGGCCGUCUGAAAUCCACCAAUUGCCUUAUCGAUGCUCGCUGGAUGGUUCGUCUAUCAAGUUUCGGGCUCCGUGAGCUGCGCGGAGAGGAAACCUGGCAGCAGGAAGAUGACGUUCAGGAGGGCAAGGAUCAGCUGUGGACAUCGCCGGAGUUGUUGAGAUGGAGCACAGGGUUGAGCCAAUGCGGAGUUCUACUGGUGCAAAAGUCGGAUGUCUAUAGUUUGGCGAUUGUGUUAUACGAGCUGUUCGGACGGUUGGGACCAUGGGGAGAUGAGCCGAUGGAGCCGAGGGAAAUUGUGUCCCUGGUGAAACGGGAAGCCUUGGCCGGCAAGAAACCAUUCCGCCCGGAUAUGGCUGUGCUCAAGGAGUCUCCUCGUAUUGUCCAGGAGACUGUUGUCGCCGCGUGGACUGAGGAUCCUCUCAACCGCCCGUCCUUGCAUCAAAUCAAACGGAAGUUGAAACCUUUGACUAUAGGGCUAAAGCGAACGAUCAUGGACAAUAUGGUGUCAAUGAUCGAGAAGUACACGGACAAGUUGGAGAAGGACAUUGCCGAACGUAAUGAGGAGCUGGAAGGCGAGAAGGCAAAGAGUGAAGCUUUGUUGAAGAUGAUGCUUCCGGAGGUAGUAGCUGACAGUUUGAAGCUAGGAUCCAACGUCUCUGCGGAGAGCUUCGAGAACUGCACCGUUUUCUUUUCGGAUUGCCCUGGAUUCGUUGAAAUGUCAGCCACAAGUAAACCUAUAGAUAUUGUCCAAUUCUUGAACGAUUUGUACACGGUCUUCGAUCGAAUCAUUGAUCAAUUUGACGUCUACAAAGUGGAGACAAUUGCAGACGCUUAUAUGGUCGCCUCGGGAUUGCCUGUACCAAAUGGAAACCAUCACGCUGGGGAGAUCGCAUCUCUUGGACUUGCUUUGCUGAAAGCUGUUGAGAGUUUUAAAAUUCGUCACUUACCAAAUGAGAAGGUUCGACUAAGAAUUGGUAUGAACUCGGGACCUUGUGUAGCAGGGGUUGUUGGAUUGAAGAUGCCGCGAUAUUGCUUGUUCGGGGACACAGUGAACACGGCAAGUCGCAUGGAGAGUAAUGGAAUUCCUCUCCGCAUCAACUGCUCCGGCACCGCCAAAGAAAUUCUCGACCAGCUCGGUGGCUAUGAGAUCGAAGAACGCGGAAUUGUGGAGAUGAAGGGAAAAGGCAAACAGAUGACGUAUUUUGUGAGAGGCGAGAAUUCGGAUAUGAGAAGAGAGCGGAUUAUCAGAGAACGUGUCAAGUUCGCAAGCUUGAAGAAGGCUCAGAUCCAAGAGAAGACUUAUGAAUUCUCGUGAAUUUGGAGUUCUGUUGUUGGACAAUUUAUUUGCUUUUUUUAAAGAUUGAAUAAAUUGUUCAUUGUUAAAUC